GAGCACGAACAGCUCCUUUCAUUUGCAGCCGCAGCUGGAAAUAGUACAAUACCGAUGUCUUAAACUUGUCUUUAACCGAUCACGUUUGCUUCCUCGCCUAGCAAAAAGAUUCAAAGCCCUAAAAAAGCUUUUUUUUUUCCCAUGGCAGCCCAACUACUGUACUUCAAUUCAUCUCCACCGAUUUUAUCUGCUUCGCCGCUCUGUAAUCAAAGUUCACAAAACCCUCUUCAAUUUCGACUCUUCUCCAAACCAACCCCUAUUACUUGUUUGGAAAUUCCUACUGCCAGACAUUUCCGAGUUCGAUGCUCGGCGGAUCCAAUUCAAUCCCCAAGAACCUGCAAGAAUUGCAAAACCCAGUUCGAUCCUUCGAUCAAUCACCCCCGAGCUUGCUGUUACCACACCGCUCAUUUUGGAGGAGAAACAAAGAGGAAGUUUGAGAGCGUGCACAGUGGAGGCACCAUGAAUACCCCCGACUCUGGCAAAGUUCUGCAAUAUUGGCAUUGUUGUGGGUCUGAAGAUCCCUUUGAUCCUGGAUGCACUGCUGCUCCUCACUUUUCGUACGAUGACUGAUGCAUUUGCUAGCGGUUCAAUAUUCACACGAGUUACCGGGAAACUCUUCACUGCCAUAUAAUUUCACUGAGAUUCAUGCCUGUACAAUGGUUCACAUGUAUUUUUUCUAGUAAAAAAAAAGAUUUCGGUAGGUUUCUUUGAUCAUCCAUUCAUGAUAGUCACAUAUUCAUUUGAUCGGGUGAGGGACAAAACCUCUCAGUUGCAGCAUCAGUUCUUGAAUUUACAAUUGCGUAGCAUUUCCUCUGAUGCAUUUGUAUGUCUUCACUCAUAUAUGCGUUUGUCAACUUUCUCCUUCAUGUUGUUGGUGAUGAACAAUUUUCAGCAAAGUGGUUUCUUAUUUCAGCUCAGAUGACUCAGAACA